GACCUGCCAGAGAAGAGAGACAGAAGGCCUUAAAGCUUAUAAAUAAAUAGACGAUGAAAGUAGAGUCGUCAAAACGGACUUUCUUUUUAUAGACAGUGUUGUAGUCUUUCCCACGAUGAUUAUAGAAAAUGUGGAAGCUUUGAAGUCAUGGCUGGCAAAACUCCUGGAGCCGAUAUGUGAUGCCGACCCCUCUGCACUGGCCAAUUAUGUUGUGGCUCUCGUCAAAAAGGACAAACCAGAGAAGGAGCUGAGAGCACUGUGUGCUGACCAGCUUGAUGUCUUCCUGCAAAAGGAGACGGUAGGAUUUGUCGAUAAACUCUUUGAAUGUCUGACGACCAAGAACUACCUGGGAAAUCCAGCAGCCAAAGAGGCUCCAAAGGAGGAGGUUAAACCGCCCGCAGUCAAAGCUGAUGUUGUUGAGGCUGAAACACCAGAGGAGGAGAGAGAAAACAGACGCAGGAGAAGUCCCCUGAGAAGUCGCUCUGAAUUCAACGAAUCCAGUCCAGUAAGAUCGUUGAAGAAUAUCAACACAGAGAUGCGUCGGCUGCUGUCCUGCUCCAAACCUGUUCAGGGUGACGGCAAUUCCGGUGCCCUCCCUCUCACGCGUCUCCCUCACAGGAGCCGCGACGACCGGAGGCGCGAGGAGCGCAAGCGCCGGGAGUUCGAGCGGCACGGGAAAAGCGCCAGCGACUCCCACCGCGAGCGGGAGCGCCACGAGCGCCGGCGGGGGCGGAGCCACAGCCGGAGCCGGAGCCGGAGCGGCAGCCCGGGAAAGAGCAGGGACAGGGAGCACAGAGGAGGCAGAGAGUUCAAGUCUAAGUUCGAAGCGGAGCGAAAGGAUACCGACAGCUACAGCUCCUCUCCGCAUCCCUUUCCCCCCUCGUCCUCGGCAGGAGUCCCGGGAAGCGGAGCCGCCCCCACCGCCACGCCGGCCCACCUGCCCGACAGCACCACAGACAGCUGGUCCGGCUACUACAGCGCCCAGAGGCAAGAGGGCGCCAGCAAGCCGUUCGGCAGCAAGAGCGCGUCCCUCAAACAGCGAUGCAGAGACUACGACGAAAAAGGAUUUUGCGUCCGCGGGGACCUCUGUCCGUUUGACCACGGGAGUGACCCGCUCAUCGUUGAUGAUGUCAGUCUACCCAACAUGAUUCCCUUCCCACCUCCACCGGUCAUGCCUCCCGCUGGUCUGCCGAUGCCUCCCAUCACCGAGCCACCUCCUCCCCUCAGGAUGCCAUCCAUGCCCCCUUAUGGCCAGCCGCCGCCCCCAGGCGUGUUCCCCAUGACUAGACCCCCACUAAUAGCAACCAGUGGGAUCGAUCCCCCCAACCACCAGCCUCCAAUCACUUCUGCUCCUUCUGUGGGACCGGCCGGCGUUGGGAUGCCGCCCACUCUUCCUCCUCCUCCUCAGCCUCCUCCCUCAUGCUCAUCUGUGUCUCUUCGCCCCCAAUAUGCCCAGCCUGAAUACAACUAUGACCCAGAAGGCUACAACCCAGAAUCUCCUGGCCUGACGACUGCAGGUCAUAAUCCAUAUCGUCAGUUCAUCCCCCGGGUUCAGAGCCAACGCUCCAACCUCAUCGGCCUCACAUCCAGCGAAGGACAAGGCUCCAGAGCGGCCAACAUCGUGAUCCAGACGGAGCCCGCCUCUGCAAGCAGCGCUCCAGGAAGCAACGUCUCCCGUUUCAACACGGAGCACGACAGCAGGAAGAGAGCCAUGGGGCCCAGUCCGGCCGAUGGACCUGGGGCCAAAAAGCCCUGGAUGGAGAAGCCAGGUUUCAACAACCAACAUAAGAGCAUGUUUCCCAAGAGGAAUCACUACGUGAACACGAAGCUGGAGGUGCGCAAGAUCCCGCGCGACCUCAACAACAUCACCAAGCUCAACGAGCACUUCAGCAAGUUCGGCACCAUCGUCAACAUACAGGUCGUGUUUGGCGGGGACCCGGAGGCGGCUUUGAUCCAGUACACAAAGAACGAAGAGGCCCGGCGGGCCAUAUCCAGCACAGAGGCCGUCCUCAACAACCGCUUCAUCCGCGUCUACUGGCACCGCGAGACCGGCGCCAACUCCGCCGGCCCUCAGGAGCAGAGCUCAGGGAGCCAGGGGGGGGUGUCGGCACCCAGCCAGGGCCCGCAUCACAGCAACAUGCAUAAGGGGAUAAAGCAGCACAAUCCGGCUGCCUACGUGUUGAACAACACUCUACCCAAGCAUCACCUGAACGCAGCAGCCGGGACCACCAACACAACAAAGACAGAGGGCCUGAACCCAAACUCUGAGUCUGUGCCUGCGACGCCAGCCCUGCCAAACACCCAGAAGAACCCCUACACUUCCACACCUCACAAAUCAGCCUCAAAGAGCCUUGGGAAAACAGGAAAAGCACUGGAGGCACAGGAAGCUCUCAAGAAAAAGCAGGAGGCAUUAAAACUCCAACAAGACAUGACGAAGAAGAAGCAAGAGAUGUUAAAGGCGCAGAUUGAGUGUCAGAAAGUUCUGAUAAACCGUCUGGAGAAGAACCGGGGUAUGAAGCGCGAUGAGAGGGACAACAUCAUGAAAACCUUAAAGGAGCUAACAGAGAAGAUUACCCAGCUCCAGAACGAAAUGAACCCCGCCUCUCAGGUCACGGGCGGAAAAAACAACAACAACCAGGCCAAGACAAAGACUGAUGCCCAGAAAGAAUUGCUGGAUGCUGAGUUGGACUUUCACAAAAAGAUGAGUUCAGGAGAGGACACUACAGACCUCAAGCGAAAACUGGGGCAGCUGCAAGUUGAGGCCACCCGUCUGGGUCUGAUCCGGCCCCCUGCGGGUCGGGGCCGGGGCCGGGGGAAACUGGCCCAGGACCCCGGCGCCAUGCACAUGGGGCGCGGCAGGAGCCGGAGCCGGGACGGCGCCCCCCGCGGCGGAGUGGUCAACCGCAUGGUGGUGGACCACAGGCCCAGAGCCCUCGCCAUUUUGGGAGUCACGCAGGAGGAGAAGGAAGAGCUAAUGCCCCACUUUGUGAAAUUCGGUGAGAUAGAAGACCUCCGUGACCAAGACGCCAACAGUGUCAUUAUGACUUUUAAGACACGAAGUGAAGCAGAGAAUGCAGCCAAUCAGGGAGCUAAAUUCAAAGGUCGUGUUCUGCAAAUUUCCUGGUACAAACCCAAGACGCCCUCUGUUGCCACAGAACCAGAGGAGGAAGAGGCCAAAGAAGAAGACAAUAGGAAGGAAGCAAGUUCUUAUUUACCAGGAGAGGAGGAGGGAGGAGAGGAGGAAGAGGAGGAGGACGACGAUGAAGACGACGAGUACGAGAGUCGGUCUUGGAGGCGAUGA